AUGGCGUCGACACUCGUUGCAAGCUCUCAGUUUUGGUGGAUGACCCCCAUCCAGGCCAUUGCGGCCAUCAGCGCUGGCAUGAACUCAGGCGCCUCUGGUCUCCAAUCCCCCUUGACAAUGCCGAUGCUCGAACUCCCCGACGUCCCAGCCCUCUACGCCGGCCGCCAACUCCGCUGGCUGCUGCACAAGUCGGACGGCAUCUUCCCCCGGAUCAACGCCAUCGGCACCGUCUCCAACCUCGUCCUCGCGGUGAUGUGCUUCCUCAAGCGCAACGAGUCCCAGAUCGCCGGCGUCAAGUGGCCCGUCCUUGCGGGGGCUUUCUUGUCGAACGUUGGUGCUACGCUGUGGACGUUCGCCUUUAUGAUCCCUAGGAAUAACGGCAUGAGGAAGUUCUCGCAGAAGGUGGAGGAGAACCCCGAUGAUAAGGUGGCUGAGAAGGAGUUGAGAAGGCUGCAGGCGGAGUGGAGGGCGUAUGCAUAUGUGCGCAAUUGGGUAUAUCCUUUUGGAAGAGUAUCGGAUUCUUCGUCCACUCAAGUACAUCAUUACAUAUGCCUUACAAAAAUCAACGGCCUGGGUAUACCGUGCAGAUCCGUUCAGCGCCAAGCUUUUGCAAUAAACAAUCUCAAGAACAUCGUGCGUCUCGACGCAAGGAAACAAGGCAGCGCCGGCAAGGAGAGGCUUGGAGGUGGGGGCAGCAGAGUCACUGCUGGAGGAGCUGGCAGAGGCCGACGACUGUGCGGCGUUGACUGCAGAAGAGGCAGAGGAGAUGGCCUGCGAGCCGCUGGCCUCGGCGGAGGACACGAUCGCGUCGGCGGACGAGAGAGCAGCAGUGGCGCUGGUGUAGAUCGACGACAGGGAGGCCUUGUCGUCGCCAGUAGCGGUGGCCACGGCUUCGCUCAACGAUGCGAUCUGGUCGGAAGCGAUCGACUGGUAGACGUAGAUGCUGGACUCGGCGGCGGCGAUGAUGCUGCUCUGGGCGCCCUGGGCAGACUGAGUGAGCUUGGAGGUGGCCGACGCGAUGGCCGCGCUGGCGCUGGCGAGAGCGGUCGAAACCUGGCUCUCGAUGGCAUCGCCAAGGUCGGUCGAGGUGCUCUGCGCGGCGGCGAGGGCGCUGAGGCCGGAGAGGAAGAUGACUGA